UAAAUGAACGCGCUACAUUAAAUCAAAAAGGAAAUGUGGAUUUAUUAUUUCCAACUCGUCCUCUGAACACCACAGGUUGGCGCUAAAACACACAGGCUGGAAGAAACUUUGUUAUAACAAGCGUGACCAUAGCCUACUGAUGGCCAGUACAUCCUGGCUGGCUCAUCAAGCGACACUGAUGCUGCUCUUAAUGUCCUGGAGGGAGAGCAUGCUUUGCAAUGGACUUGCAGGAGAGCAUCGUGUGGUGUGUCCGACUCUGGUCGAGGCAGUAGAAGGUGAUGCUGUUACUCUGGGGGGUUCUCUGAGUCCUCCGCUCAACUUGACUCCUUACACGCUGGAUCUGAAGAGACUUGACCUCCGUGACGAUGUGGUCCACGUCUACCGACAUGGACAGGACCAUUUCCCUCCACAGAGUCAUCACUACAGAGGCAGAACAACUCUGAUCCAUGAAGACCUGAUCGGAGGAACCGUGACGCUGCACAUCUCCUCAGUAAAUCUGUCUGACUCUGGACCGUACCAAGUCUACGUCCCAGACCUGAAAGCCCGCUGUGAAUUUUACCUCACUGUUGAAAGAAAAGCGAACGGGACAAAGAGAAAUGAUUUCAGCACAUCUGGACCUCCAGUGGGAGAAGAGAAGUCAGUCCAUCGGGGGGCUGGUGAGAACAGGAAGACUGCCCGUGCUGAUAUCCUUCCCUCUCUUCUCCUCCUCGGGAUUCUCGUAGUUCUGGUUCUGGUUCUGAUGAGAGGAAGGAAGGAGAAAAGUCCAGAGACAGCAGCGAACGGAUGUGAAAUGGAAAGCCUGAACAUGGAAGCAGCAAAAGGAGAUGAAGACCUGGAGAGAGCUGCAGGAGACCUCGUCUGAGAGCUUUAGUGAAUAUUUCUUUUUGUCAUUUAGUUACCAGACAAAGGUGACUCUAGUACCCGGGGUUUUCUUGCAUAUAUUCACCUUAAUCCGGGUUAGAUCAGUACAUAGACUAACAACUUCCCAUUUUUAAUAUUAUAAAUAAUAUUCAGUUUGUUCUACUUCUGUGGCAUAGAGCUUGUUUUUUUUGUUUUUUCAUUUGAAAAUAAUACUAAAUAAUCUCAAGAAGAAAAAUCCCUAAUGUAAUUAAUCUAACAAAAUGUAAAUAUUCAAACAAUCAAUCAAAUGAAAACAUACAGGAUUAUGUCCUAAAACUACUUGAAACAAACUCAAAUUAAACAUAAAUAAAUCUAAAAAUGUAGACACACGUCAUUUAAGUCCAAUACCACUUCAAGAGCUGUUUUUACAGCCUCACCCAAACUUAAUGUUCAACUGUAGAACUUAUUCCUCCUUAAAUCUUAUUGUUAAAUACCUACAUGCUCAAGCUGCUUCCCUGUAGGGCACCCUGUAUCUUUAUGGAUGUAUUUGUGAUAUUUUACAAUGUAUUUGUGCAUGUACUUUACCUCUUUUAACUAUUCUAUUUGUAUAUCCUUCUUCUUAAAGCUAAAUAAAGUGUUUAUAAAGCC